CACAUCGGGCGCUGCUUGCCUGCUCGGCGGCCACCAGAGCACCGGCUCCUGCUGCCUCUUCUUCUCCUGCUCGUUCGGGAUAGCAUCUCUCCCUCUCCCCUCUUUACAGGCAGCCUCUCCACCCCUUUUUUUCUCCCCCUCCCCUCUUUGAUUUCUCUCCCCCCACCACCUUUUUUUUUUUUUUUUUUGCUGAAGGUGAGAGAAAUUAGUGUUUCCCUCCCUCUACUUCCUCGUCGAUCCCAGGGCUCUCUCUGGUCUCUUCUUUCGCAUUCACAACCACCUCGGGUGCCCUUUCGGGAAGAGCUCUUUCCUUCAAGCACCCAAAGCCCACUUUGGCGCAAGACGGCGAGGCAUCCUGACCUGGGAGCGCAAGCCUCCCCUCCCCAAAACCAUCGGGACUCGAGGUGGCGGUGGGUUGGGGGAGACGAAAUAGACGAGGAGAGAAUAAUAACGUGCAGAGAGGAACCCAGAAAACUUUCCACCCUGGAUUCUCUACUUUUGAUCCAUGGACAGAGCCCAACUCAGCCAAGUUACGGACAGACUAUAAGCAGUCCUUGCUCCUUUUAUUGUGAUCUGCCUGUGGGAACAUUGUCUCCAACUCAAAGUAGUAUGGACCGGAGAAGUGAGAGUCCCUGUCUAAGGGAUAGCCCAGACAGAGGGAGCGGCAGCCCUGAUGUCAAAGGUCCUCCCCCUGCGAAGGUGGCCAGACUUGAACAGAAUGGCAGCCCUAUGGGAGCCCGAGGGAGGCCCAAUGGCUCUGUCACCAAAUCAGUGGGAGGUUUGAUGAUUCCUGUCUUUUGUGUGGUGGAGCAGCUGGACACUUCUCUCGAAUAUGAUAAUCGAGAAGAACAUGCAGAGUUUGUUCUGGUUCGCAAAGAUGUGCUUUUUAGUCAGCUGGUGGAGACAGCACUCCUGGCUCUCGGAUAUUCUCACAGCUCUGCUGCUCAGGCACAAGGUAUAAUCAAACUCGGGAAGUGGAAUCCUCUUCCGCUCAGUUAUGUAACAGAUACACCUGAUGCUACAGUUGCUGACAUGUUACAAGAUGUCUAUCAUGUUGUGACAUUGAAAAUUCAAUUACAAAGUUGUUCAAAGCUGGAAGACUUGCCAGCAGAACAGUGGAACCAUGCCACAGUCCGCAAUGCCUUAAAGGAGUUGCUCAAAGAGAUGAAUCAGAGCACGUUAGCCAAAGAAUGCCCUCUCUCUCAGAGUAUGAUAUCAUCCAUUGUAAAUAGCACGUACUAUGCCAAUGUGUCAGCAACCAAGUGCCAGGAAUUUGGGAGAUGGUAUAAAAAGUACAAGAAGAUUAAAGUGGAACGAGUUGAAAGAGACAACCUCUCAGAAUAUUGUGUUCUUGGCCAGCGUCCCAUGCACUUACCAAAUAUCAACCAGCUGGCAACCUUGGGCAAAACAAACGAACAGUCUCCUCACGGUCAAAUUCACCACAGCACUCCGAUCAGAAACCAAGUGCCAACUUUGCAGCCAAUCAUGAGCCCUGGUCUUCUUACGCCUCAACUCAGUCCACAACUUGUCAGGCAACAGAUAGCAAUGGCCCACUUGAUAAACCAGCAGAUUGCAGUAAGCCGGCUAUUGGCUCAUCAACACCCGCAGGCUAUUAACCAACAGUUUCUAAACCAUCCGCCCAUCCCUAGAACAGUCAAACCAGAGCCAACAAAUUCAUCAGUGGAAGUCUCUCCAGAUAUCUACCAGCAAGUCAGGGAUGAGUUGAAGAGGGCCAGUGUAUCCCAAGCUGUCUUUGCAAGAGUGGCUUUCAAUCGCACCCAGGGAUUGCUAUCAGAGAUUCUGCGUAAAGAAGAAGACCCUAGAACAGCUUCCCAGUCCCUCCUGGUAAAUCUGAGGGCAAUGCAGAAUUUCCUCAACCUGCCUGAGACAGAACGAGAUCGUAUAUAUCAGGAUGAGAGAGAGAGGAGUAUGAACCCCAAUGUGAGCAUGGUGUCUUCAGCUGCCAGCAGUCCAAGUUCCUCCAGAACCCCCCAGGCCAAAACCUCGACACCGACAACAGACCUCCCCAUUAAGGUGGACGGAGCCAACAUCAACAUCACAGCUGCCAUUUAUGACGAGAUCCAACAGGAGAUGAAAAGGGCCAAGGUGUCUCAGGCUCUGUUUGCCAAAGUGGCUGCCAAUAAAAGUCAGGGUUGGCUGUGUGAGCUGCUCCGUUGGAAGGAAAAUCCAAGUCCAGAGAACCGUACACUUUGGGAAAACCUGUGCACCAUCCGGCGCUUCCUGAAUCUUCCGCAGCAUGAGAGGGAUGUGAUCUAUGAAGAGGAAUCCAGGCAUCAUCACAGUGAACGUAUGCAGCAUGUAGUCCAGCUUACCCCUGAGCCUGUGCAGGUGCUUCAUAGACAGCAAUCCCAACCAGCAAAGGAAAACUCACCUCCGAGAGAAGAGGCCCCACCUCCACCUGCAGAGGACACGUGUACCAAAAAAACAAGAUCUCGUACUAAAAUUUCUCUAGAGGCUUUGGGCAUCCUUCAAAGUUUCAUCCAUGAUGUUGGCCUCUAUCCGGAUCAGGAGGCCAUCCACACUUUAUCUGCUCAGUUGGAUCUGCCUAAACACACCAUCAUCAAAUUCUUCCAGAACCAGCGUUACCAUGUGAAGCAUCAUGGGAAGCUAAAAGAGCACAUGGGCACCGUGGUGGAUGUGGCAGAAUACAAAGACGAGGAGCUGCUGACUGAGUCAGAGGAGAAUGACAGUGAGGAGGGCUCUGAGGAAAUGUACAAAGUGGAAACCGAAGAAGAGAAUCCUGAAAAAAACAAGGCAACUGCUUCAGAAACUGACCAGAGAUAAUGUGAAAACAUCACAGGAAAAGCAAUACAUUGAUCCAAUUUUUUAUUUUAUUUUUGGCUUCUUCUUUUUAAAAAGUUUUUUUUUAAGUGCGCAUAAAGUCGGGUUUCCCCCCCAGUGCGCAUAGAGUAUGUGCAAACCGAACUAUUAUUUUGCAUAGCCCAAUCAGACAUUCCCUUGUAAAAGGCACUUGAGUCUUACACUUUUAUGUUUGACUGAGACAAUGUUAAUUGUAAUUCACGUAUGAUUACAUCAGCGUUAACCUUGCACUUAUGAAAGGACCUUCUAGCAAGUUACAGGAAGAAAUAGACCUAUGAAAUCAAUGAAGGAAAUGAUAACGGCAUAUAUAUAUAUAUAUAUAUAUAUAUAUAUAUAUAUAUAUAUCCCCACAUAUAUGAAAUUUGCAUGGGACAUAACAAUCUGAAAGUAUAGACUGUGAAAUGAGCUCGUUAAAAUAUGAGUCUUGUUUAUGUAUAACAAAAAACCACUUCACAAUGAGUUGCUUUGGCUUUUAGAUAAACUGCCGCCUGCUCUCAGGGUGUGGUUACUAUUUUGAAAUACCUAUUUAUUUUCUAUGUUUAUCCCUGUUAUAUAUUUUUUAAAUUCUUAUUAUGGCUUCCACUUUGGCAGCUUGAUGGGGAAUUUUUGAGGUAUGCAUUUAAAAAACCUAGAACAGCACUGCCAAAAAAAAAUUAAAGUGAAGGAGAGGGAGAGAGAAAAUGGGGGACAAAAUCAGGGCACCUUAACAAAUGAAAUCCCAAACCAAGUAGUAACUUAAAAAAAACUUUAGUAUAUGAUGCACAUUUGAAGUCACAGAGCAUGUUUUGUUCUUUAUCAUUUCUGUAGCAACCAGGUGGAUUUUCAUGGACUUUUUAGUGGGGGGCGGAAAUCAGUGCACAGUAGACUUUGUCUACUAAAGCAGUCUUCAUGAAAAGUUGCUUUUAUGAGAUUUAAUGUGUGGAAUUUUACAUUGAGCCACAUUUUAUAGUGGUGUUAUGUGUUUUAGAGGCGCAAAUCAUCUACACUGUUGCUGUGCAACUUCUGUCAAUUUCAGUGGGGCUUGUGCAGCUGUAGUUCUUGUUCCUUUGCUCCUCCAGUGUUUGUCUGAUAUUAAUGUUUGGAAAUUUACUCAUCAUAUGUGCUCAAAUUGCUCUUCAACAAAGUUUUCACAAAUGAAAUCGUAAGACUAUAUCACAUCGAUCACUCUGGGCAAGUCUGGCUGGUUCUUAAAUCAGUCAUAGGGUCUGAUGGUUCUCUGGUGCUGAAUUUCCUUCUGUAUCUCCUUUAUUCCCUACAUCUAGAGUCUUCAAGCUCAUUAUCUCAACGAGACUAAACACUUUCAGCAAACACUCUUCCAAGGUAUGGGCUUCAUGAGGUGCAUGGCAGACUUGGUGGGAACACAUUUUCUGAACUUGCUGCAGUUCUAGACAGUAAGAGUAAACCAAGCAAUUUCCGUGUAGUCACUUGUCAUAAACUGAAACCUUUUCCCAGUGACCUAGCAUAGCAAUUCCAUUACAUAAAGCAGAACUAAUGCUGACUGACUCUUCAAUAGUACAAGCAUUAAAGCUGCAAUUUACUAUAGUUUCCAACAGGUUUUUGAAGUCGUGGUUUGGUAGUGACACCAGCAGUGUUGCUGUUCCUUCAUAUAUAUAUUUUUUUAAAGGAUAUUUUGACUUUCUUCUGUGUCUGGGUUGCUAUUUGGACUCUUAAAGCCAUUGGUAGACUUCCUUUUGACAUGUGCUUUGUAACUCUUAACAAAGACCUCAUGCGAUAUCACUUGGAAAGCGAUUUUAUGUUUCUUGCACAGACAUUGUAAUAUAUAACUGUUAAUACUAUUUAUAUAUUUGAAAGGUAUAAAAGGCAGGCAUUAAAAGAAUUCUCUGUAUAGGUAGUUACCAAGAACGUAACAACAUACAGGGAGAAGAAGACAUGUUGCAAUACAAGCUAAUUCUAGCUACUCAGUAACCUCCAGAGUUUUUAAAGGGACAUUUCCAAAAUCAAUAUUUGACACCCACAACAUAUCUGUAUCCAUUUCAUAUAUCAUUGAAAAACAAUGUUGGCUUGCUAACUUAAACUUUUCCUCCUUUAUUUCUGUAGUACGCUGCAGCUUUAAUCAGAAAUUCAGUAGGCGCUGCAUUAUGUUCUCUUUCGAGUUACUCUUUUUAAACUGUUAUCAGAAACUCUUGCUGAAAUCACUACGUAUAUGUAAUACUGGUCAAUCUCUCAUAAGGUUAUUCAUCUCUUUGAUGGCAUCAGCAUUGGUUUCUUUUUAAAAACACUUCAACCUAAACAAAUAAAUAGUAGGUAUUUUCCCCCCAAUGCUGAGUCUUGCCUUCCUGCCCCCAACACUGCCAAUUUUUGCAGUGGUUCUUCUAAGUGAAUCUGUGGGCAUUUUUGCCUGUGGUCUUGCCAGAUCUUUGCGAAUUACAAUGCAUAUAUGUCUAUUUAUUCAAUAUUCAUCAUAUAAUAUCUAUUUGGAAAAAGAUUUUUUUUUCUCGUAGUGCCUCUUAACAAAGCACAAUUUUCCGCCUUUUUUGUGAAAUAAGAGAAAAGAAAAAAAAAGUGUUAUUGCAGUAUCAACAAUGUGAAUGAGGAUUAACAUAUUGUAAAUGUUCUUUUCCCAUGUAAAUCAACUUGAUCUUUGUUAUCACUAAGUGAUAAUUAAAUUUUAACUUAUGUGCAUUGUUAGUCUGUUAGAAUUUUUUGGUUGUUGAAAUAAAACACAUUCAGUAAAUGACA